GAGGCCAACUCAAUAUUAGAAGAGACGUAACACUCAAAUGAACACUACGUUUCUCCCUCCGACAUUUUACCAACUUCCAAAACUCUCAUUCCUCUCUGUUUAUAUAUUACAGCCUAUUCUCCACUGCAAUUCCCAUCUCAAACAAUAUGGCUUCAAUGUCUUGGGCUCUCAUUCUAGCUUGUCUCAGCUUUCAACUGGCCAUUAUAAAUGCACAAGCACCAGCCGCCUCACCUUCCACUACCCCAACCACCACCACACCUCCACCUUCAACAUCGACACCUCCUCCUUCCACAACACCCCCACCUUCAACCACAACACCUCCACCUUCCACCACACCAACCGCACCAGCGCAGCCACCUGCAACUAUGCCCCCACCUGCAACAACCCCAGCGCCAAAAGUUGCACCAGCUACAAGCCCAACAGUCCCACCUCCUCAAAUUCCACCACCACAGCCGCCUCAAACUCCUCCAACCACAGCUCCAGUGCAACCACCAGCAGUUCCACCACCACUGGCAUCACCACCACCAGUAUCUCCAGCACCAGCCCAAGCACCAUCAGCACCGGCACCAGCAAAGUUGCCACCAGCAGCUGCACCCAUUAUUUUGCCACCAGCUCCAGCACCAGCUCCCAGCAAGCACAGGAGAAGGAGAAGGCACAGGCACAGGAGGCACCAUGCACCAGCUCCAGCACCAACAGUUCCAAGCCCUCCAGCACCGCCUACAGUACCAACUACAGAUGACACAACGCCAGCACCAUCACCAAGUCUCAAUUUGAAUGGAGGAGAUUCAUUGUUCCUAGCAGGAGGAAAGUCUUUGUGGGCAAGGACAGGAUUAACUAUUGCCAUUUUUAUCACUAUUACAGGCUAUAGUUUCUAGGAAUUUAUAAAAUGAGGCGUGAUU